CCCAGCAUGCACAGCUCCGGUCGGGUUUACUUCGCUCUGUUCGGCCACCAGAUCCGUGAUUUAGCGGUGUUUAGGUGCGCUGUGUUGAAUUAGACCUCCUCCGCUCCGAGGCGAUGCAGAGGGCGGUGAGGUGACAUGUUGGUAACAUGUGAUCUGUGGUCGGGAUCAGGGCUCAGAGCUGAACCAACGGGGGGGUCCGUGGCUGUCACUAGACUAGGAGAUAUAGCUCACAUUAUGGAGCUUUAGGGGCUCGUUAUGCAGCCCUCAUCACGCAUAUGUGUUUGAAAUUGGAGGAAUAUUCAUAAUAAUAACCUUGAAUAUCAGCGAUCAAGUCUCCAGAUACAGAGCAGAAAGCUCCUUCCUGAGGUCGGACAUGUCUGAACUGUUUAUGGAAUGUGAGGAAGAGGAGUUGGAGCCAUGGCAGAGACCAGCUCCGGAGGUGACCCUGGUGGAAGAUGAUGAUGACGACGAUGAGCCCAUCUUCAUCGGAGAGCUUGUAAACAGCCCAAAGGUGGUCAAACCCAGCCCUUCACCUGUACGGAUCGUAAUCCCUAGACAGGAAGCCCCGCCCCCAGCCCCCAGAGGGGCCACGCCCAUCAUGCUGUCAGCCAGUGUCCCUGGCAACGGAGUGAUGACGUCACCACCCCCCUUACCAACCGUAACCCCCCACCCAGUAAUCGUCAAUAGCCAGUUGUGCGUUAUGUCUUAUCAGGGAUACAUCGUUCAACCGCAUCAACUGGGGCCCGCCAACCUCCUGGCCACGCUCGGAAAACAGUACCCGCCCGGGACCUCCUUCACCAUCGUCCCAGCUGGUCAGCCGCACCUCCUGCCGUUGCUGCCCCAGGCCAGGAUCAUGCCCGGGGUCGUCCACAGACCCCAGGUGAAGCUCAACAACAACGUGGUCACCCUGUCCAACGUCCAGAACCCUGCCGUCUACUCCUCCCCCGCUCCUCAGCCGCCAGAGAUCCAGCCGCCCAAACCUCCGCCCGUUGACAUCUGCUCCGUGACUGCGAUGAGUCCGACCGAGAGCAAAGGAGAUCGAAGCUUGCUGAAACGGCGAUUAAUGCCAACGCAAAACGAGGUCAAGACAAAGAAAGUCAAACUAGAGCCAGUACAAAAUAACAAAGCAGUCGAUGCACAAUACGUCUACAAGAAGAAGUGUUACAAAUGCAAAGUAAUCUUCCAUCAUCAGGAAGCUCUGAAGUCUCACCUGAAGAACUGCUCUGGCAAACCUGUGGAAAUGGUUUCCCCAUCGCCGCCUCCAAGCACAGUCGCUCCAGUCCAAGUCGUGAACCCCAAACACAUCCUGCUGGUCGGAGAGUUCUACUACGGGCGCGUGGAGGGCGACUGGCAGAUGCAGAGGCAGGAGCAUAAAACCAACACCACUUUCAAGUGCCAGAGCUGCUUGAAAGUGCUGAAGAACAACAUCAGAUUCAUGAACCACAUGAAGCACCACCUGGAGCUGGAGAAGCAGAGCAGUGAGAGCUGGGAGAGCUACACCACCUGCCAGCACUGCUACCGGCAGUACAUGACCCCCUACCAGCUGCAGUGCCACGUGGAGCGGGCCCACAGCCCACUGGCGUCCUCAACUAACUGUAAGAUAUGCGAAUUGGCGUUUGAGACGGAACAGGUCCUACUGGAACACAUGAAGGAGACCCACAAGCCUGGAGAGAUGCCGUACGUGUGCCAGGUUUGCAAUUUCAGGUCCUCAUUCUUCAUGGAAGUGGAGGCUCAUUUCAAAGUAGCUCACGACAACACGAAAGACCUCCUGUGCCCGUUCUGCCUCAAAGUGCUCCGAAGUGGACACUCAUACAUGCAGCAUUACAUGAAACAUCAGAGAAAAGGCAUACAUCGCUGUGGAAAAUGCAGGCUGAACUUUCUGACCUACAAGGAGAGGGUGGACCACAAGAUCAACUUUCACAAGACUUUCAAGAAACCAAAAGCACUUGAAGGCCUUCCACCUGGAACUAAGGUGACCAUCCGGGCGUCUCUUGGAGGUACCGUCUCCUCAUGCAACCCGUGCCCCAGCGGCGCCACUCCUGUAGCUCAACCUCCCAAACCAGCCAAGUCCAAACCCAAACCCCCCCAGGCCCUGGGGAGGGCCAAGACUGCUCAGCCCAAGAGGCAGCAGGAGGCGCGAGUGUCAAAGAAGAACACGGCUCUGAAGAACACCAAAAUCGGUGGAGGGCCACACACUUGUAUCGAGUGUUCCACAGAGGUCACUGACUUCUUCUCUCACUAUCCAAUGAUUUCGAACUGCGGUGCGUGCAAAUACCAGACGAGCUGCAAAGUCUCAAUCUCCAAUCAUAUGAUAAGGUAUCAUAGUACAAUAUCGAAGGACCGAUUCAAGAAGAUGGGGAGUCAGAGAAUGUCGAAUCCAACAGUUAAAUCUCUGAGCUGCCUCUCCUGUGACUUCCUGGUGGGGGCCUUAGAAGGGGACAAGAUGACCAAGCAUCUGACGGACGACUCGGACCACGUGUGCCGGGUCAUUGAGCGGAAAGUUGCUGCUCCUGCACCUGGUGUGAUGCUCUCCGUUCUGCAGCCACCCAGAGUUUUCUACCUGUUUACGUCAACGACUGAAACACCAAAAGAAGCAGACAUGAAACCAGCGACCUGGUCUGAAGGGGCGGACCCGAAACCAUCGGCCGGGUCUGAAGGGGCGGACCUGAAACCAUCGGCCGGGUCUGAAGGGGCGGACCUGAAACCAGCGGCCGGGUCUGAAGGGGCGGACCUGAAACCAGCGGCCGGGUCUGAAGGGGCGGACCUGAAACCAUCGGCCGGGUCUGAAGGGGCAGACCUGAAACCAGCGGCCGGGUCUGAAGGGGCGGACAUGAAACCAGCGGCCGGGUCUGAAGGGGCGGACCUGAAACCAUCGGCCGGGUCUGAAGGGGCGGACCUGAAACCAUCGGCCGGGUCUGAAGGGGCGGACCUGAAACCAUCGACCGGGUCUGAAGGGGCGGACGACUCCGGGAACGGAGCCUCUGGUUCACCUCAAGAAGAGGAGUCUGAGGAGUUAGCUGGAACCGACCUGGGCAAGGAGGCAGGGGGCAAGGAGGCAGGGGGCAAGGAGGCAGGAGGCAAGGAUGCAGGGGGCAAGGAUGCAGGGGGAAAGGAGGUAGGGGGCAAGGAGGCUGGAGCCACAGGCAGUAAGGAGGCAGGAGGCAAGGAGGCUGGAGCCACAGGCAGCAAGGAGGCUGGGGCCAAGGAGGCUGGGGCCAAGGAGGCUGGGGCCAAGGAGGCAGGGGGCAAGGAGGCAGAGGAAGCAGAGACUGCCAGUUGGGCUGACACCUCAGCCCCCUCAUCGGGCCCUUCAGGAGAAGGCUCCCCGGGGCCUGAUGGCUGUGAGGGGAGCCCUGUGGGCAUCGACCAGGUCCGGAAGCUGGUCAGCAGCCUCCAGGAAGACCUGAUGUCCUCCGCUCAGACCUCCUCACCCGAUCAGGGAACAGCUGCAGGCCUCUGAACCCCGCUCACGACGGAGUGGCGCAGCGAUCACAGGCCUGACGAGGCUGGCUCAUCACGCCUCUCUGAGUGAACUGUAGUUUAUUCUACACGCUGUACGUCUACUAACUCAUACUCUCUGUGCCAGGACUGUUUCACACUUUACAUUAGGUUUACCGUAUGAAUUAUGCAAACUCAAACAUGUUGCUGCUCAUCUCUCACUGUACCGUGUCAAUGAGAACUCGGUAACUUUCAGUAAAAGGUAAUACUUUUACGUUUGGCAAACUAUGGAGUAUUUAACAUGUUGAAUCCCGCAAUGUUCUGACAUGCCUUUCUCAUGAUAUGUCGUCUUUGAUUGAGAAACAUUACCAGUCAUGUAGCAAAAAACAUGCAUUAAUGUUUAAAUCAAAGGAAUUAUACUGCCGGUAUACACGAGGGCGAUAUAGAGUUGUGUGGCUUCGGAAUAUUUUGUAUUUCUUUUUUUCUUUUUUAUCUUGAAUACAGCAUAAUACAAAUAUUUGACUAUCUGCUCCCUAGUCUGGUGUAAAUAUAAUACCUAAGAUGUUUAACUUGUCAAUCCUGUUAUUUACUGACUCAUGGAUGUGUUACACUCUGAACAAAUUGUGUAGGCCGAUUAUAGAGUUUUGCUUAAUUUUUUUUUCUUUUUUUUCCCGGUUUGAAUAAACGUAACUGUUGAAGCAUACAAUACAA